CACUGGUGUUAAUAUCAACAAUUUUCAUUGCAAAAUGUACACUGUUGACCCAUUUUCUUGUCAUUUAGGUUUCAGGAUGACUCGCUACUCGCAUGAUGUUGAAAAUGCUGCAAAGUCAUGCAAGGCUCGUGGCUCUUAUCUCCGAGUUCAUUUCAAGAACACAAGGGAGACAGCUCAAGUGAUCAAACACAUGCACAUCCGCAAGGCAAACCGCUUCCUUAAGGAUGUCAUGGCCAAGAAACAGUGUGUACCAUUUCGCCGAUACAAUGGUUCCACCGGACGCAAAGCCCAGGCCAAAGCUUGGAACGCAACCCAGGGACGAUGGCCUCACAAGAGUGCUGAGUUUCUUCUGCAGCUACUGAAGAAUGCUGAAAGCAAUGCAGAAUACAAGGGUUUGGACGUAGAUUCUUUGGUGAUUGAUCACAUCCAAGUAAACAGAGCCCCCAAGAUGAGAAGAAGAACAUACCGUGCUCAUGGAAGAAUCAACCCUUAUAUGAGCUCUCCCUGCCACGUUGAGAUUAUCUUGUCAGAGCGCGAGACCAUCGUUCCCAAACCAGAGGAAGAAGAAAAGAAAAAGAAGGUUUCAAAGAAGAAGUUGCAAAAGCAAAAGAUGAUGCAGAGGGAAUAGGCUGUCAGUCACACUAUAGGAUAAAUAAAUGUACAAUAAUUCCUCACUGAAA